CCUGCCAGUGCCCAUCAGUGCCACCUAUACCAGUGCCUCCCCUCAUCAGUGCCCAAUCAGUGCCACCUAUUAGUGCCCAUCAGUGCAGUCCUAUCAGUGCCCAUCACUGCAGCCUCAUUAGUGCACAUCAGUGAAGGAGAAAAAUCACUUAUUUACAAAAUUUAAUAACAGAAACUAAGAAAAAAACGUUUUGUUUUUUUUUUCAGUUGUUUUUGGGUUUGUUUAGCAAAAAUAAAAAACCCAGAGGUGAUUAA